AUAAUUUCUAUAGCAAUAGUCACCUAAAGUAUCUAAAAAAUGUUUGAUUUGGGAUGUUAAAUCGUGUUUUUAGGAUUAUAUCGGUGGUCUGAAAAUUUUUAAUCUGGAGUUUAUGUUAGUACUAAAAACCCAUAAAUGAAAUCAAAGAAGAAUAUGUUACAAUAUGUCAACUAUACUACAUUUUCCAUAUCAAGUGCCGACGAAGUAUAUCGUCAAAUACUAGGACUCAUCAGGCCAGCCAGUAUAUUGACAGACAUAAUUAAUGGUUUAGGGGCUAUAUGUAUGCCAUCAGUUUUCAUGAACAACGACUGUAUUUUGAAACGAAUGAAACAGCUAGAACAGGAACGAGAUGUGUUGUACCAGGGUUUGGAAGCUGUUGAGCGUGCACGAGACUGGUACCGGCAAGAAAUCGAGUGUGUCCUGAAGAAAAUGCCAUACUUCAGUCAAACUGGCGCGAUAUUUGAGUAUUCCACUGAUGCUUACCAAGAAAGGCAAAAUUUCCAAAUGAGUAGAAUAUUUGAAGUAAACCAACAUAUUGCAGCACUUACUGAGAGCACCGAAAAGGAAUUUCCUUCGCAUAUGCACCUUACUCUUUGUCAGCCUGCAACAUUCAGUAGAAUGCAGCGAGAUUCAACACAAUCAACAAUCAAAAAAUUGAAAGAACAAAACAAAAUGCUAACACAGGAGGUGAGUAAAAAAUCUGAAUACAUUACACGACUAGAACGGGAAAAAUCAUCUCUCAUUAGAGAACUGUUUCAAGCAAAGACUCAACAUCACCAAGAAGUAGACUAUACUGCUUUUAUAUGACCUGUGGGCUUUGUAUCCAUCUUUACUCCGUUAUCUCGUGUCUAAGUGCCAUGCUCUUUGCAGUUUGUUUAAUCAUUAAGGAAUGAAAUUAUUUUUCAUUGCUAUAAAUGUAAUGGGCUGCAAUGUGUGAAAAAAAAAUGUUAGAUGAAUAUGCAAUUAAAUCUUUAUAUCAUUUAUAGAAAUUGUUCACUUUCAAAACAUUUAAACUGCUUUUAUAACUAUAAAAUACUGUUUUCUACCUGACCUAAACACAAAGCAAAACAUUUAUUAAAAUUUGUGAUAAUUCUUUACUGUUUAUUACAUUGUAAUAAAAAGUAUAAUCCCUCAGUGGUAAGUUUGAAGAGUUUAAAAGAUGAGUAAAAGUCAGGUUUUGGUACCUGUGAUGGACAGAGCACAGAUUACCCAAUUGUGUAGCUUUGUGCUUAACAAAAAACUAUUUUCAUUAUAACUGUUUUAAGAAAAUUCUAAUUAUCACGUAACAUAAGAAUUUAUUAAUAAUAUAUAACUUAGUCAUAGUGUUUUAAACUUUUUCUGAGUAUUGUAACAAAGGGUGUUUUUUAAUUUCCUCUCUUUGAAUAAUUUCAAUUUUUAAGGCAUCUGAAUACAAAAGUUCUAUUGUUAGUAUAGACAUGAUGUUAGAAAAACACAUAGGUUCAAGAAGUCUUGACAGAAAUGAAUGAAACCCUAUAACCCGAGCACUUUUGAAAGGUGGAUCUUUCUUCUUUAGUUUCCCAUUUGCCCCUGAAGAAGAAAGGUCCACCUUUUGAAAGCACUCGCACUAUAGGGUUUUUAUUCAUUUCAAUCAUUAGUAUAGAGGUAUUAUCAUUGAGACCUUAGUUGUCUUUUGCACUAGUUUUUAAACUUUUUAUUUGAAUGCUAAUAUUAAUAUAUUUUUCUAAGUAUUAAUUGGCUGUUUGUUAGAUUAAAAAAUCAUGUUUAUUUUUAAAUUUUAAUAUAUAAAUUCACAGGGAAAUGCUGAAAGUUAUUGUUGAAAAUGAAAAAAAAGUUUUCUGAAACUGUUCAUUUCUGAUGGGUUUUUUUAUUGGAGAAGUUUUACAAAAAAAUAAGAAAUUUUACAUUUAAAGCAUUCUGAUUAGAUAAUAUUUGAUCAUUUCUGUUUCAUGUACUGGUAAUAAGUUUAGUCAUGGAUUCGGGAUUGUUUUUGCUGGCUCUUUAUGUUAAAUGUAUACAAUGUUUUUUGAGCAAGCUUUAUCACUUUUAUAUAUGUAUUUACACAAUUCUGGUGUUAUAUUUUGAUUCUAAUGAACUCUGCAAUUAAACUUAUCACCUAAGUUAAUAAUGAUUACAAUGAGAGAGCUCUCUUCAUAUUAACUUGUUAUUGUUUGUGUCGUGUUUGUUUCUGACUUAAACAUAAGUAUGUGACUUUAAAGCUUUUUGUAGUAUAGUUUAGAUAUCAUGGUAAUUGGAAGGGUUGAAUAUAAAAAAAAAUAUGAAACUUAUUUUGUUGUUACUAAUUUCAUGCCUCUCUAGUGCCAUUAUUUUUAAAUAUAUUUUUUAUAAAAGUCUUUUAUUUAUAUAUAUAUUUGGUUAUUGCUAUUUGGAUGAGUUUGUACAAAACUAAAUGUAAGUUGAAGUAACUGUUAUAUGGAAUAAAGUUAAAAGAGAAAGAAAGUGGAUGCACUUGGUAUUUCUAAACAUUGUAAAACUUGUAGAAAAAAUAUUUUUUGGAAAAUCACUGCUGUUAAAUUUAGUUUAUUUUUUGGUGGUUUUAAAGUAUAAGAGAUCCUUUUGGAGAAAAUCCUUAUUUGAGUUCACAGUAAUACAAACAAGCAAAUACAGGGAAUUUUAUGUGAUUGGCUUUUAUAAAAUUUGUGUCAUGUUUAACUCGUAAAGAAUGACACAAAUAAUAUGUACAAAACUGAUGUAGGUGAUAAUCUACCCUACAUUAUGUUCAAGCUUGAGCAUCACUCAGUGAAACAUUUCCUUAAAAAAUCAUAAAAUUGUAUUUUUCUCUCAGUUUUUACAUUGUGAAAUUUCCAAAGUUUUGUUGUGACACUUUUUUGAAAGAACGUUAAAAACUUUCUUUUCAUCUUAGAAUAUAAAUUAUUUCUUAUUGGUCAGCAAGUUUCAUAUAUGUAAUUAGUUUCAACUUGAUUGAUAUUAAUUAAAACAUUUCAUAUGAUACUUUAUUUUACCAAUUGCAGUAGUCACCAUCAUAAACAAUACGUAGAAAAUUGACAAAGAUUUAUUGGUGACCUAUGACUAUUAUCAGAUCUGGAAUUUGUUCCUAAAUCUUGUAAACUUCCCAUUAAAUACUAAUGUUCUUCUCUGCAGGAAUUUCAUCUAAUCACUUUCCCAAGAAACCACAAAUUAUUUCUCAUACCACUUUAAUCACUGUAAAUUCAGCUAACUAACUUCUAAUCGGCUCUGUCCUUAGUAUUUAAACUUUGCCUGUAGCUAUUUUCCGAGCUGAUCUUCAUUAUUAGUUGUUUAUUGCACAUGCUGUGACAUCGUAAAUGGGUGCAACCAAAUAGAUCUACUAAUAAAAUCACAAACAGAAGGAAAAUCAUCUGAGAAACAAAACCUUGAGAAUUCUCAUAGGAUGGUAGUUUCUUAGCAAAUAUAAACCUAUUUUUUGGGAUAAGCAUACAAGUUCUGUAUUGCCCUUGAAACUACUUCCACUAUCAUAAAUCCUGCUCAGUAUGAUGGUCAUAGUUAUGCAAUGUUACAUAACACCACAUUUUUUCACUGUAACAAGCUGCUGUUUUAGGCCAAACAUUUUUCAUAUACCUUCCAAUAUAUUUUGACAGUGACUUCUAAGACUGUUUUUAAACAGAUUGAAAACUCAAAUAUCCAUUGGCCCUGCUUCAAGGGCUUUGAUGGUUAAAUGGGAUUGCUGUGAUUUAAUUUUUUUUUAAUUUUUUCAUUGAAAACAGUUGUUGAUUACUGUAGCUGGUAGCUUGUGGUCAUUUGUAAUUUUCAAUGACUUUUGCAUUGGAGGGUUCUCUUUUGUAAUAAACAUAGCCCCCACUUUGCAUAUGAGAGCAUAGUUUUGGAUUGUGGUUUCAGGGUUCUCAGUGCUGUUCUUCAAUGGAGGACAUUGAAGGCUCCUUUUUAAAAAUAUAAGGGCUCUACAUCAGUUUUCAAUCUUUUUUCUAUAUAAAUAUCCUUUCUUAGAAAUGGUGUGACAUAUCUCAAAGCUAUGGUAGCAUUCCACUGUUGAGUGGUCAAGAAUUUGCUGUGAAUCAAAUAUAUAAGUGUGAAGUAUGGUACCUGAUUCACAAUUUUUAGGAACAAACUAUUGCAUUAGCAUAUGGCAAUGGUUCCCAUGUAGUGUGAUUAAUCCUCUUUAUAUCAAAUGUUCGUUCUUGUAAUUAGUAAAAGAUUAUUAUUACAAUUGAAAUCUCUAAUAUUCUGGUAGCCUUGUUUCAUUGUUAUUUUUCUGUUAUGAAAACAUACAGAAAAUAAUGAAUACAUGUAGGAACAUUUGAAACAAGAUUGUGUAACUAGUUGAAUAUUAUAUUUUUUUUCAUUAGUAAAAACAGUAGAGUGUUGUGGCUAUGAAUUCCUGCUGUAACUAAGUCAAUUGUUUGGCUUUCUACUCAGAAUACCUACUGCACAAAUAUUACAAGUAUCAUUUUUGUCUUCACUUGGUAUAACGAGUACAUUAUUUCAAAGGAGAUAAUUGAAGACGUUUGAAAGUUGUGAAGAAUGUAACAUAAUUUAUUUGGUUUUUAAUGUACAAAACUAAUCUUUGUAUGUAACUUAUUUUACAUUGUCUUUCAAAAGGUUUUAAUUGAAACAGUGACUAAUUUAGAAAACUGUCUCACGUUACUAACAGAUCCAUUGUUGAACUUAAAAUUUUUUGGGGGGAAUUUUUGUAUGAAGGAUCAUCAGUGUCAUUUAACCAGAAUUGUAGAAAUGUAUUUCUUUCAAAUUAUUUUAAGUGCCUUUGCUUUCAUAGUUUGAUUAUUUAAUUAUAGUGAUAAUUUUAUUGAAUUUAUCACCUACAU